AUGUCUGAGCUUGAGGCCCUCCGUUCGAUUAUCAACGAGUCACUUGACAUCCUCCAGGAUGAGCUAAAGGCUGCCAACCUGCCGGAUCUCUUCGUGUCCAAGCCGGAGAUGCACCCGCUGGAUGACCUGACGUACCUGCAAACGCCUCGCCUGUUUGAAACCAGGCGUAUCCUUCUCGGAGCUUGCCGGAUGCUUGCGGCUGCUGUUCAGCCUCCGACGGAGAAGAUCAUCGAAGAAGGAUGGGCUCAUCAGCGCUCCCAAGCUCUUCACAUGGCUUGCAAGUACAACGUGGCGGGUGUCCUUGCUCAAUCUGCUGUCGACCAGGAUAAGGGUGUCGACGCCGAAACCUUGGCAAAGCGAUUCGGGCUCAGCCCCGAUCCUUUCAAGAGGGAAAUGCGUAUGCUGGCUUCUCAUCACUAUUUCCGUGAGACCAGCGAGGGUCAUUUCGCCAACAACCGCAUAUCAAUGUCUUUGGUGCCGCCGAACGUUGCGCCCUACGGCAUUGAGUAUAUUGCUGUAUGGGGUCUUAAGACGGCUCAUUGCGUCGUCGACUCUAUGCCCAUCAACGAAUGGAGGACUGGUGGCCAGCUCGCCUACGGAUUCGACACAGAUAUGUUUACAUUCAUUGCCAAGCAUCCCGAGUAUCUCAGCAUGAUGGUCUCCGCUAUGAGUGGCCUGUACGAGAGCCAGGCGAAUGGACUGACCACUGGCAGGCACUUCCCCUGGAAGGAUCUCCCUCCAGGCACGGUUGUGGUGGACGUUGGCGGGGGAGAGGGUGGGCUGAUGAUGGCAGUCGGGAAGGCCUUCCCACACUUGAAGGUCCUGGAUCAGGAUCGUCCCGAGGUUGGCCCUGCUGCUCUCGCUAAUUGGCAGAAGCACGCACCCGAACUUCUCGCGCAGGGACGCAUCUCUUUUGAACCCCACAACUUCUUCCAGCCGCAGCCCCGUAGCGGUGCAGAAUACGUCUAUGUGAUGCGGUGCAUCAUUCAUGAUUGGCCACACGAGGAGUCUGUAACGAUACUCAAUAACCUCCGCAAUGCGAUGCUGCCCAGUUCACGUCUGCUGAUUGUUGAACAUGUGAUUUACCCUCCCAUCAUGCCAAAAGAGAAAACGCCGCUCCUGCUGGCCAACAUCGACAACAAUCAGCCAUAUAAAGAGAUUUCCACUCCAUGGCCGAUGCCUAAUGGUCCACAGGUGCUCGAACUCGCACAUGAUAUCGAGAUGUUCUGCAACUUUAAAGCGAAAGAACGCACUCCUGCGGAGUGGGAUUCGCUCCUUGGCGAAUGUGGCCUGAAGGUGGUCAAGAUAUGGUCCACGAGGACCGAGUUCUCCAUUGUAGAGAUCAUGCUUGCGUAA